AUGGAGCCGAACUUCAAGCUGCUCCUCGAUGAGAUGGCGGGCCUCAAUCGCCAUUUCGAUGCAUAUGAUGACCGCUCGAACCGGCGGUUCUCGGAUCUGGAGCGCGGCCUCAAUGACCAUGCUUCCGCCGUUGACUCCUGCAUCACCGUUCUGGAGGAGUCGCUCACCGCCAACUCCGACAAUCUCGCUCGCCGCGUCGCCAAGCUAGAGGCGGAUCCUUUUGCUCUAGGCGCUUCGGCGGUGGCGUCCCGCCUCGCCACCUUGGAGGCCAGCUACACCAACCGUGACAUGGAGUUCACCCAGCGCCUCUCCCACCUCGAGUCCCUCCGCAUCGGCCCCAACUCCAUCGAGCGUGACGAUCGCGUGAAGCAGCUCGAGGCCACGACGGCGGAUCCGGCGUCCUGGUGCCCCAGCGUUGAUGGCGUCCUCGACAACGUUCACAUCACCGUGAAGAAGUUGGAGAAGUCCCGCGACAGCGACGUGUUCGACGCAAUGUCGCAUGAGCCCGGUCUGCUUCCGACUCCGACCAAGGCGUUGGCGUCAUCUCGCGACCGCGACGUGUUCGACACAAUGUCACACGGAUCCGGUCUGCUUCCUACUCCAACUAAGGCGGCCAUGCAAGUUUCUGCCGGAUUCACCGCCAACCCACCCGUGAUGGGGCACCACGUCGAAUCGACUCCACGGGAUUCGGGAUCCGGGGUCGUCACGACCUGGAUCCCUGUCCCGGGCAAUGACAUGACAUUAAGUCUGUUGUUCUUUUGCAAUGGCCAAAAGAUUUGGAUACUGCCGCUACCCUUGCUUUGUUACAGGAAGAAGUUGCUCCGGGUGCUACUACCCGUGUGGGUCGUUCUGGUGAUCGGUCUUCGUCGGCUCAUUUUCCGGUGCAUCCUCGGCAACCUUUGCAGUUGCCUCCACCACCAUGCCAAGACAAGACUCAGUCGGCCGCUACAUAGCCCGAUCAGGCUGUUGCUGCUUCCCCAGAAGGCUAGUUGUCCGCGCUCAAGUCGUACCAGCGUCCACUGGGACUUUUGUUUUAAGUGCAGCGCUAAAUGGUCUAAGGACCACAAAUGCUCACCUGAGGUGUUGCUGGUAGUUGAAGGCAUUUGGGAUUCUCUGCUGGAGUCUAGUGAGGAUUCUAAUUCUACAUCAUUUGAUACUGCUGAUGCACAGUUGUUAUUGGCUCUGUCGAAGGCUGCUUUUGGUUCAGCGGAGUCUGGUCAUGCUAUCUAUUUUGCUGGAUCUAUUCAGUCCCAUGCAGUAUCGGUGUCAAUUGAUUCUGGUAGCUCAGCUUCGUUUAUCAGUGUCUCUUUAGCUGCCAAGCUUGUUGAUGUUUCUGUGAUGCCGGUACCUAGUACAGUCAGGGUAGCUGGUUGUGGGUUGUUACAGAGCUCUCAGUUGCUUGUGCAAGUGCCUUGGACAAUUGAGCAGGUUACUUUUGUCACUGAUUUUCGGGUGUUGCAGUUGACCUCUUAUGAUCUUAUAGUUGCGAUGGAUUGGCUUGAGCAGUUUAGCCCGAUGCAAGUUCAUUGGUUGCAAAAAUGGAUGAUGAUACCUUAUCAGGGACAGUGGAUUCUGUUACAGGGCCUCAAUGCUGAUAUGCCUGAUAAGAUGAUCUUACUUCGGCUUUUACUGAGCAGCAGUCUGUUGGCUUAUCUUACCUUCUAG